AUGGCGACGAGAACCCCAAUCAUCACCCUCGAGGAACACUUCAUGUCCUCGGUUGCGGAGGCCAGCACGCACAAGACAGAUGAAGCGUUCAAGCAGAUCCCCGAGCUCUGGGAGAAAUUCACCGAACUCGGGCCGCUCCGCCUACAGGCCAUGGACGCGGGCCAGGUGACCCUCCAGGUGAUCUCACACGGACCAGGAGACCUGACUCCAGACCAGUGCCGGGCGGCCAACGCCCAGCUCGCCCAGGCGGUCCAGGCCCACCCGGGGCGGUUCGCAGGCUUUGCCGCGCUGCCGAUGGAACGCCCAGCGGAGGCGGCGACAGAGCUGCGGCGCACGUGCUCCGAGAUAAGGUUCCUGGGCGCCCUCGUCGACAGCCACACCGAGGCGGGGACUUAUUACGAGGGCCCCGAGUAUGAUGUCCUGUGGGAGGCUGCGUCCGAGCUGGACGUGCCGAUUUAUAUUCAUCCUACGUGGCCCUCCGAGAAUCUGUUCAGCACCUACAGGUCGAAGGCGAUCCCGGAGCAGGUAUCUGCAGCAAUAUCCGCAUUUGGGUUCGGCUGGCACAGCGAUGUCGCCGUACACGUGCUGCGGCUCUAUGCUGGGGGAGUCUUCGACCGGUUCCCGAACCUUAAGAUUGUGAUUGGCCAUUUUGGUGAGAUGAUCCCCUUCAUGCUCCAGCGCAUCGAACGGAUUGCAGGUCACUGGGGGAAGACGAGAUCGUUCCGGCAGGUCUGGGACGAGAACGUAUGGUUGACGACGAGCGGGAACUGGGCCUUGGACCCCUUGGCGUGCAUCUUGAGGAAUACGAAGAAGGAUAGGAUCAUGUACAGCGUGGACUACCCGUUCGCGAGCAAUGAAGAUGGGCUGAAGUGGCUGGAAGAGCUCGAAGGCAGUGGCUUGGUAAGCAAGGAGGAGCUGGAGGGCAUACGGUGGAAGAACGCAGCGACGCUGUUGAAAGUUGAUGUGAAGGCUUGA